AUGCCUGCAGCGGUGGUGACAGGGAGCAACUCGGGCAUCGGCCAUGCCUUCGCAGAGAUCCUUGUCAGAGAGGGUUACCGAGUCCACGCCCUGGACAUGACUAUAGGAGAAAACAUGAAGAGCCUAGGAUGUCAAACCCACGAAUGCGAUUCGAGCAGCGAAGCCUCAAUCCAAGCGUUCGCCACGGGGUUCAAGGGAAGGCAAGCGGGUCUCGUUUUGAACAUUGCCGGCAUCAUGGCUCCUCACGAGCAAGAUACUCUGGAACCCACCACGCACAGCGUUCUUCUCCGCACCUUCUCUACCAACACGUUCAGCCCCCUCCUCCUUACCCAAGCACUACUCCCCUCCCUCCUUCUCUCUCCGCAUCCCCGUAUCGGUCUCGUGUCCUCCCGCGUCGGCAGCAUUGCCGAUGACAGCUCCGGCGGCUCAUACGCCUACCGUGCCUCCAAAGCGGCCCUCAACAGUGUCGGGAAGAGCAUGGCGAUCGACUUGAAGGAGAAGGGCGUGGUGGUCGUGCUGAUGCACCCGGGAUACGUCAAGACCGGGUUGGACACCAGCGGGAAGACGCAUCAGAUGAAGGAGGCAGUGGAGCCAGAAGAGGCGGCGGAGAAGCUGUGGAAGGUCUGCAUGGGAAAGGGCAUUGAGGAGGCUGGGAGGUUUUGGCAUCGAGAGGGAAUGGGAUUGGAUUGGUAG